AUGCGUUCAGCGAAAGCUGUUGUGUCCGAGAACUUCGCUCGAUACGGGAGAGGGGGCGCGAACAUGCCUUAUAGCACCGCUACUGGAUCGUCGCAGUCACAUCAACAUACUCUGACGGCACUUAAAAGGUGGUCCGUCGCGAGCAAGGAGCUUCCAGCUACCUCUCAAAUUCGGGCAGUUCACGUCUACGACUUUGAUAAUACACUGUUCCUCAGUCCCUUACCGAACCCACAACUUUGGCAUGGUAGCACCAUUGGUCACCUUCAAUCAGAAGCGCACUUUGCAAAUGGUGGAUGGUGGCAUGACCCCAAUAUUCUUUCGGCUACAGGAAAAGGCUUGGAGGCGGAAGAGCCCUGUGCUUGGGAGGGAUGGUGGAAUGAAAACAUUCUCCGUCUUGUGAGGUAUAGCAUGGAACAGAAAGAUGCCCUUACAGUGCUUUUGACCGGUCGAAGCGAAGCUGGCUUUGCUGAACUCAUCAAGCGCAUGGUUGCCGCCCAAAAGCUUGAUUUCGACAUGAUCAGCCUGAAACCUGAAGUUGGGCCAGAUGGAAGACGCUUUCCCUCGACUGGCGCCUUCAAGCAUGCUUUCCUUGAGGACCUUGUUCAUACUUAUGACCAGGCUGAAGAGAUUCGAAUCUACGAGGAUCGUCCAAAGCAUGUGAAAGGAUUCCGUGACCAUUUUGAAGAAAUGAACAGGAAACUGCAAGCAGCACAUGGUCACGCAUCCCGGAGACCUAUCACGGCUGAGGUGAUCCAGGUAUCCGAGGGAUCUACUUAUCUUGACCCAGUAAAUGAAACUGCUGAGGUGCAGCGCAUGAUCAACUCACACAAUCUUGCUCUCCGAAGCCCAUUAGGGAAGUUCAAGGCUUAUCAGCGAUAUAUGCGUAUCAAACGCACGACCAUCUACACUGGGUACUUAAUUUCCCAAAAUGACUCAAACCGCAUGAUUGAACAAGUGCUAAGCCCACUUGUUCCUAAUGGACUUGCUGAGUCGAAUGAUCUUAAGUAUAUGGCUAACAAUAUCCUGAUCACACCUCGUCCUGCCUCACAUUCCGUUUUGGAUAAGGUUGGUGGCUUUGGAAAGAAAGUAAAUUGGCAGGUUACGGGGACGGCGGCCUACGAGAAUAGGGUUUUCGCAGCUCGUGUCUCCCCAAUUCCUGCAACAGAACAGGUUUAUACUGAAAACCCAGUGCCUCUCAUUGUUCUGGCUGUUCGUAAAGGGGCUCGCCCCGUUGAAGCAUCCAAGAUCACAAAUUGGCAACCCGUCUCACCAAACCAAGCUCUAGUAUUCGAGACUGAGGUUGGAGAGAAAGUCAUUUUGCGUGUUGACGAUGAUGACAAGGCUGGCCCCCCGCGUGGACCUAAAAAUUACAAAAAACGUUAUCUGCAAGAUCGAGAAGAACAGCAUGCUCACCCCAAUACGGCCUACAGUGCCAGCCACGAGAACCAAUCACAUAGUUUUCAUCCCUACCAGCGACCUGGUGGCGAUAACCGCAGUUACCACGAUGACAGCGGCCCCAAGAGAGGCUCGUACCGAGGCCGAGGUCGUGGUAAUGGCCGGGGACGGGGCCAAGGCACACGCGGUGGGCGCGGUGGGCGCGGUCGCGGAGCCCGUGAAGGGGGCGCAAAUCCAUUCUACAAAUCAUUGGAUGAUUACAGCAAUGCGUAUGACGGCUCAUAUGAAAACAAAGGUCCGAACAAUGGUGGAUAUCCAAUGGACUACUAA